CCAAUAUUAAAACGCUAACGUCCUGCUAGCAACUGAACACGUCUCAGACAUAUCUGUAGUGUUUGAGUCUAGCAGAUGCCAAAGCAAUCGUUUGUUUUCUUAUCACGGCGAACCGGAGAGCUGCUUAGCUUACUUCUCUCCGGAGAUCUGAUAUCCCUCGACUGAUCGGCUGCAUCGCUCAGCACUUCCCAGGUCUAAUCUGUCUUUGCCGUUGUGUCGUGUUACAUUCUUGGAUCACGACCCAACAUCUCCAGGCUCUCCGCUGUCAACCCUUCACUGCGUCGGUGGACGACUAGCGUUGUGUUUAUGUCUUUAUUUUACGGAAACGAGCUGUUGCGCAGCUGUUGGAACGCGAGCGGGGGAAGCCUAGUCCACGAGCGAGGAGUUUGCAGCCGCUGUGGCAAGAUCUUUUUCAUGUCAGAGACCGAGCACACUUGCAGUUGUUUAUGUCAUCCCCUCUUCUCCAGACAGAAGAUACCCAAAAAAUCCCAUUCAAGAUCUUUUUAUCUUGCUGAUAGUGCCUCAGAUCACUCAAAAUGUCUGUCAAUGUCAACCGCACUGUGUCAGACCAGUUCUACCGCUACAAGAUGCCCCGUUUGAUUGCCAAGUUUUCCCGCUGUCAAUUACAGGUGGAAGGCAAAGGGAAUGGAAUCAAGACGGUCAUUGUCAACAUGGUUGAUGUUGCAAAGGCACUGAAUAGGCCUCCAACCUAUCCAACUAAGUAUUUUGGCUGUGAGUUGGGGGCUCAGACUCAGUUUGAUGCUAAGAAUGACCGCUACAUCGUAAACGGAUCCCAUGAAGCCAACAAACUGCAGGACAUGCUGGAUGGAUUCAUCCACAAGUUUGUGCUGUGCUCCGAGUGUGACAAUCCUGAAACUGACCUGCAUGUUAACCCAAAGAAGCAGACCAUCGGAAGCGCUUGCAAGGCUUGUGGUAAUCGAGGAAUGCUGGACACUCGGCACAAACUGUGCACAUUCAUCCUCAAAAACCCACCUGAGACUGAUAGUAGCUGUGUGAAGGAGAAGAAAGAGAAGAAAAACAGAAAGAAGGAUAAGGAGAAUGGCUCGGGAAGUGGUGAGGCUGGGAACCAUAAUGACAUAGAUGCUCCAGAUGCUGUGGAUGGUGAGGAAGACGAUGAUGACUGGGCAGAGGAAACCACAGAGGAGGCCCAGCGUCGGCGUAUGGAGGAGAUCAGUGACCAUGCUAAGAACCUGACCCUCAGCGAGGACCUGGAGAAAACCCUGGAGGAGAGGGUCAACUUGUUCUACAACUUUGUCAAACAAAAGAAAGAGAGUAGAGCAAUAGACUCUGCUGAUAAGGAGAUCCUGGCUGAAGCAGAAAGGCUGGAUGUGAGAGCCAUGGGGCCACUUAUCUUGAGCGAACUGCUUUUUGAUGAGAACAUCAGAGACCAGAUCAAGAAAUACAAACGUCACUUCCUGCGGUUCUGCCACAACGAUAAGAAAGCUCAGAAGUAUCUGCUGGGAGGCUUUGAGUGUCUGGUGAAGCUUCAUCAAAGUCAGCUGCUGCCACGAGUGCCCAUCAUUCUCAAAGACCUCUAUGAUGCUGACCUACUGGAGGAGGAUGUCAUCCUCAUGUGGGCAGAGAAGGUAUCUAAGAAGUAUGUUUCCAAGGAACUGGCCAAGGAGAUCCAUGCCAAGGCAGCUCCCUUUGUCAAAUGGCUCAACGAGGCAGAGGAGGAGAGUGAGGGGAGUGAGGCAGAGGAGGAGGAGGAGGAAGAUGAUGAUGAAAAUGUUGAGGUUGUGUACUCCUCUUCUGCCCGAGAGCUGAAGGUGGAGACUGUUCAGCCUGAGAAAGCAGAAGAGGAUGACGACCUUGAUAUAGAUGCCAUUUAAAGAAAUGGCAAGUGAAACAGCAGCUGCCAUCUUGGAACCUUGCUACUUCCUGUUCCUCUUGAUAAAAUGGAUCACAGUGGCCUCCUGUUUAGCCCCAGUCGUGUUUUGUCCCAGUUUCUCCUUAAGUUACAUUUGAUUUACAAGAAUGGUUUUAAUAUAGCUCUUUCAUUGACUUGCUGCUGAUGUAUUAAGAACUUUUGAGCUUUAUUGUCCGUAUUGAGCAAUUUUGUUGUAUUGUGAGCUUGACUUUGAUUCAUGGGUUUGCUUAUACUGCACAUCUGAUUUUUGUUUUUCUUGAAAUCAUUAAAUAAAGAUUUUUGCUGUACGUUACAUGGUUGAUUUAGUUUUCUUAACUAAACAAGAUUGUAACCCGAGUCUAACGGAAAACAUGAAAUAAACAGGAAUAACAGUGAGCUAUGA